AUGGCGGCGGCUGAGGAGGAGGAGGUCUCGCUGCCGCCGCCGCCGCCGCUGGUGCCACCGACGCCGCCGAGGAAUUGCAGGAUGAGGGGCAUCACUGCUCAUUCGACCUGGAGCGCCGCGAUGUUGACAACACGGGCCACAAGCGCCAAUACCGAAAAUUUACAAGGCGACAACAUGGGCCUCACCAUCGCCUUUUAUUUAGAAACCGAGUUUGCGGUCCCGGAUUUCCGCACGUCCCACUUGGAAGUCGGCCAGGGUAGCCAACUUCUACAGCAGCAGCAGCAGCAGCUCCGCCGUCGGCCCUCUUUGCUUUCUGAAUUUCAUCCUGGCUCAGACCGGCCUCAGGAGAGGAGAUCGGGCUACGAGUCCCAGUUCCACGCUGGCCCUUCCCAAGCCGACCACGAUGCGCUGGACUCCAAGCGGCCACGCCUGGACCAGGUUUCGGACUCUCAUUACCAGCGGGUCAGUGCCACUGCGGUCCUGCCCUUGGCCCACCAGCUCCAGGAAGGGCUGCGCUCAUCGGACCUGAAGAAGGUAAAGCCAGUGGGGCUUACUGGUGGGGCAGAGACUUUUCGGAAAAAAGCAGAGGAAGCUCAUAAGAUUUUCGAAGGGCUGGGCCCCAAGGUGGAGCUGCCUCUUUACAACCAGCCUUCUGACACAAAAGUGUACCACGAAAACAUCAAAACGAACCAAGUGAUGAGAAAGAAGCUGAUUUUGUUUUUCAAGAGACGGAAUCAUGCCAGAAAACAAAGGGAACAGAAGAUCUGCCAGCGCUACGACCAACUGAUGGAGGCCUGGGAGAAGAAGGUGGACCGGAUUGAAAACAACCCGCGGCGGAAGGCCAAGGAGAGUAAAACCCGGGAGUAUUACGAGAAGCAGUUCCCGGAGAUCCGGAAGCAGCGGGAACAGCAGGAGAGAUUCCAAAGGGUUGGCCAAAGAGGGACCGGCCUUUCGGCCACCAUCGCUCGGAGUGAACACGAAAUCUCCGAGAUCAUCGACGGGCUGUCGGAACAGGAGAACAACGAGAAACAAAUGCGCCAGCUGUCCGUCAUCCCUCCCAUGAUGUUCGACGCCGAGCAGAGACGGGUGAAGUUCAUUAACAUGAACGGGCUGAUGGAAGAUCCCAUGAAGGUCUACAAGGACCGGCAGUUCAUGAACGUCUGGACGGAUCACGAGAAGGAGAUCUUCAAAGAAAAGUUUGUCCAGCAUCCUAAGAACUUUGGCCUCAUAGCUUCUUAUUUAGAAAGAAAGAACGUGCCGGACUGCGUCUUGUAUUACUACUUGACCAAGAAAAACGAGAACUAUAAAGCCCUCGUGCGACGGAACUACGGCAAGCGGCGAGGGAGAAACCAG